AUGAUUGAGGACGUACCUGCACCUGGUGCAGAGGGAUUAGUUGGUGAUGGUGCUGAGGGAUUAGCUGGUGAUGGUGCUAAGGGAGUAGCUGGUGAUGAUGCUGAGGGAUUCCCAGGUGGGCCACGUGACCCAUCAGUGCUGACUUCGUUUGCUGACCAUGUUGCACAUAGCAUAUGGAAUGGAGAGGAACGUCCUAAAUUGAAGUUAGCCUUCCACGGAAGGAAAGUUGAGAAAUUUGGGAGCCCAGCUCUUGAGAUUGAAGGGUUAGUCGUUGCCAUAGAAUUAACUCCUUUGAUCGCGUGUUCAGUAGACACUGGCGAUCGGGGAGAUAUAUCCGCUUUUUUCGAGAAGUGGCACAAGGAGACUAGCAGCUUCCAUCCUCCAGUAGGAGAGCUGACCAUCACAUUGGAUGAUGUGGCGUCACUCCUUCAUCUUUCGAUCAUAGGCACCUUCCACAGCUUCGAGCCUCUACAUGUGGACGAGGCGGUCAUCAUGUUAGUGGAGUUGCUUGAGAGGAGAUGCGAGGCCCGACAUUGGAUUGUUGCAGCUCGUGCAUAUCUCCUACACUUGGUUGGUUGCACUUUUUUCGCUAACAAGAGUGCAACACAUGUUCAUGUAGUUCAUUUGGACGCUUUUGGAGACUUGGCUCGGAGUGGGAGCUAUGCAUGGGGAGUUGCUGCCCCGGUGCAUAUGUAUGAUCAAUUAAAUGACGCUUCUCAAAGCACUGGCCGACAGCUUGCUGGUUACAUUACUUUAUUACAGUGUUGGAUAUAUAAGCAAUUUCCCAGUGUUCAUGAGAGCGUGACUAAUGAUGGGUAUGAUGAGACGACACCACAUGUCUGCCAGUGGCUUACUACGAAGGAUUAUAUGAAGGGAUUAACAACAUCGUCGUACCGAACACGUAUAGAUGCACUAACGAUCCCUAACGCAGCUGAUCAGCCCAGACAUCCACUUGUCCCACAACAUGAGGCAUACGUGGAGCCAGAUAUCCCGGAGGUCCUAGUGGCACCAGAAGCUGGACCGUCACAAGCAACUGAUCUGCCCAAACAUGCAGUGGAUGCUUGUGAAGCAAUCUCAGAAAGGUUGGAGCGUGUAUUCAACCUAAGCAUGGUCACUGAAGGCACAGAGUUACAUGACCUCAUGGAAGACUGCCUCAGGAUCGUGUUGAGGUGUUUGGCAAGUGUACCAAAUCCCUCUAAGUAG